AUGUCCAACGAGUGCGCUGGAGCGAUCCCUGCUGCAUAUGCAGCCCAGAUCUUUGACGAAGCCAAGGUCCCCUAUGUGCUCUGGGGUCAUUGGGCCGUUGCUAUGUUUGGAAGAAACAAGGCAUUUCCGGACGUUGAUUUCAUCAUCGCUGACGCUGAGCCCAAUGCCGCCACAAAACCUCUCGAUACUGCCAUUGCCGCUUUAUCCGCCAAAGGCAUCCACCGAUGCACAGAUGCCAGCUGCCAGGAAUGGACGUCCGAUCGAGCGCCCCCGGUCACUGCCCCUGUUAAUGUGAAAGACCCCAUCGAUUGGGAGGAGGUUGGACAAAACUUGGCAGACAAUCGCCUUCACGCCGUCGGCGAUGCACACUUCCACCUCGAGUCCACGUACACUUAUUUCACCGUUUUGACACUCUACUCCCAGACUAGGAUUCUCUGGUGGAUGCCCAGACUAAGCUUGCAACCCGUGACUCCCACUGACCCCAACUUCAUGCUUACCAACGACGUACGGCUCUUCCCCCCCGGACCACGAGGACCCACCGGCCCUUGGACAGAGCUCUACCCCGUCCGGAUCCUGAGAAUAAAUAAACUAGCCGAGGCCAUCAUCCUGCUACGCAUUCGCGACGGUCACCGGGGCGAUGUUAACAGAUGUUGGGAAAGGAUGUGGCUGAAUCUGCUGGGAGAUACCCCCGCUGACGGACAACUCACGCCUCAAAUGCUGAAAUUGAGGGAAGAGAUCAACCCGCGGUACAGAAUUAUCGUGGACCAGUUCUGUGGUCUGCCGACGGGGCGGACGGCCAGAAUUGGCUUGAUUUGGAAGGAGUUUCGCGACGAAAUGCUUGAGACCGGAGAGAUGGGGCGGAUGCCGUCGCUGCAUCCCAAGGAUGUUAUCCAGCGGAUGGGAAAAUAUCUGCCCUGA